GUUUAGGACCCGGGGCGCCGCUCGUGACGUCACCACCGGAACAGGAACACUGAAGUCACGUUGCUGGUGAUGGCUCAGCAGGCGGCGGCCGGCCGGCGUUACCUGCGGGCGUUCGUCAGCGGCUUCUUCGUCGCCGUUCCCGUCACCGUCACCGUGCUGGACCGAGUCGCCUACGUCGCCCGAGUGGAAGGAGCCUCCAUGCAGCCCUUCCUGAACCCAGAGGGAGUGUCCGAGUGUGACGUCGUCCUCCUGAACCGCUGGAGCGUCAGGAACUACCAGGUCCAACGCGGCGACAUCGUCUCCGUCGUGUCGCCCAAGAACCCCCAGCAGAAGAUCAUCAAGCGGGUCAUCGGCCUGGAGGGAGACUUCAUCAGGACUCUGGGCUAUAAGAACCGGUUUGUACGAGUUCCUGACGGGCAUUUCUGGAUCGAGGGGGAUCAUCACGGACACAGUCUGGACAGCAACAGCUUUGGACCGGUGUCCGUGGGGCUGCUUCACGGCCGUGCCUCACACAUCAUCUGGCCGCCCAAUCGGUGGCAGCGAAUCAAACCGUCCCUCCCCCCAAACCGCGGACCACUGGACGGCGAUGAAGAGGAGAGAUGAAGACACACACACACACACACACACACACUCACACACACACUCACACACACACUCACAUACACACUUGCUUUAGUAAUGUCGGGUUUCCUUUGAAAUGACACAUCUAUGAGUUUUUGUCUGUGGAAAAGACACAUUUAUACACACACACACACACACUCAUGUCAUCAUGUCCUCCAAAGGGAAGCGUUCAUGAUGCAGUGAGAGGGUGAAUCCUCUGUGAGCUUCAGGUCCUGUCGGUGCUGCAGCGCUGAUUUCACGCCGCGAUCACCCUGAUUUGAUGUGUCUCUCAGUUCUGAUUGAUGGUGAUGGUGGGCGGGGCCUGAUGCUCUCACCUCAUCUGUUCCUGCAGCCACAAAGUUUUCAACAGGCAACGUUUCAUUUCAUUUCUGCACGGACGUUGAAGUCUGGAUGUUACUCAAAUGAUGUUAAAAUAUGGUGCUGGUGCUUUCCACUUAAUGAGGUUCUCUAUGGUGAGUCAUUCAGAAAACUUCAUUAAUCUGUCCUAACAGGCAGGAGCUGACAGCCAAUCAGCAGCCAGUGGCUCAUUAAUAAUGAAUAAAUGUCUCCAUCCAUUCAUUUGCCGGGUUUACAUCCAAAAUGUCUCGCAUAUUUUAAGCACAUGUUGAAGAUUCAGUAAAAUAAAAUGCAAAUGAAUGCAGGUUUCCAUCGACUACGUUAUGCGAUUUGUCAUGUUGGUCGAAUUCUGUCGCAGAGCAACUCCGACCUCAAGUUCAAGUUCAAGUGCAAGUUGGUUUUCCGACAGAGGACUCGCUCCCUGGCUCCUCGCUCCGUCACCGUGCAUGCAGAUAAAGUGUCUCCAUCUCCCAUUAAGUUUGGUAAAAAUUUGCUAUUUCCAUGCACCUUUCCUGAGGCGAUAAUUCAAAAUGCGAGUAAAAAUAAGAUGAUGGAAACAGAGCUAUUGUUAGAUUCUAGGUGCCAGAGCAUGCAAUAAAUGAUGUUAAAUAUGGCAAAUAAUGGCAAGGGCUAGUUGGAAAGCAUGAAUCAAAAAUAAAUAAAGAAUAAAAUGACUUUGGCAGUAACCUCAGCAGCUGAUGAAGCCAUCCUAAAGCAUCGUUUUGGAUUUAUUCCUGUUGUCUUUGAACGCUCUCAGUCAGCUGCUGAUGGUGUCGCUCGCAGUUUGAGCGCAGGAUUAUCAUCCGGACCGAGUGACCGCACCCGGAGCGCUCGUCCUUUAAAGACGCGCCGAGCAAAAGCUGCCGAGGGUUUGAUUUAAGUGAAAACCAGAAGACUCAGCCGACUAAAAAAUGUGGAAUAAGCAAGUAAUUUAUCAGUGAGCUGGGCCAAUGAUGAGAAGCAUGUAGACCCAACCAUCAAAUGAUCUGCUUAUUCCACAUUUUUGUCACAUGAGCGGAGAGGGUCAGCAGUUUUUGCGUCAUGCACAAAGAACCUCAUUCUCUUUAAGACCUCCAACGUGUUAUUGUCCUGCAGCUGAAGACCGGCCAGUGAAUGUCGCCUGGACCGAGUCACAGCGUCCUCAGCGUUUGGCCUUUCAAGGACUGAAGCGAGAACUGUCAGACUCAAAUGACAAAAACUGUGGAAUAAGCACAUCAUUUAAAUUCAUUCAUUCACUCAGUCAUUUUCAAAGCCGCUUAUCCUGAUGAGGGUCGCAGGGUGCCGGAGUCUGUCCCAGCGACCACCGGGCGGAGUCGUUUCAACUGACCGUCGCCAAUUUGGGGUAAUGCACCUUUAAACAGGAACCUCAUUCACUGUAAUGGUUCUUCUCCACAGUCAGGGACAGACCAGGUUCAGCUGUCUGGUUUAUCUUUGGGAGAGAAACUAGUCAACUUGACCUCAAACCUGCGACGUCUCUGGGCUUUCAGACCCAAAUCUGCACCAGCACUGUCACUCAUAAUCCUCAACUCAUAAUCCCUUUUUUUUACCUGGAUUCUCCACAGAGCAGAUCUGAAUUUAAAGGAAUAACCCAAAGUCUUUUUCCAACGUACCCAGACUGAAACAAGAUGUUCUGAACCGUCUUCACCUCUGUACGUCCGGUGCUUUGGUUCCUAUGGGUAGCAUUUUGUGUUAGCUUAGCAUAAAGACUUGAAGUCUGUGGGAGUCGUUAGCCUGGCUCUGUCAAAGUGAAGAAAUAAUCCUCACAGCAACUCUGAGGCUGUCUUAUUCACAUCAUGUAUCAUAUGUAUUUGAAAUAAAACGUUGGAGUAUUCCUUUAA